UUUACAGGAUGCUUGACCAACCGCAGUUCACAUGUAAAACACACACACAUACAACCUCAUCCACCCUUCAAGGCUGACGAACGCUCAGCUGAAGCUCUGAAAGAAGAUGAACGUGGCUCUGAUCCAUGAUAGACUCUACAUUAAGUCGUUCUGGGAGAAGAGGAUCGAUGCUCACACUCAGACUGCUGAUACCGAGGAGCAGAGGAUGAACGGUAGCGCGCUCAACAAGUUGAGGGGGGAGUGGCUCGUUCGUCUGGAGAAUCGAACCAAACACCUGAAGAGCCUCGACGCCAUUAAGAAGGUCAAACCGGAGAAGUCAGCUGAUCAGACAUGAGUUUAAAAAAAUGUGAAGAACUUUGGUGCUGCAGAGAUUCAUCUUCCU